AUGCAGUACAGCGAUUCGUGGCAGCUGAUCUGCAACGUGUUUGUGCUGGACAGCCAGGUGAUGCUGGUGACAGACUGCGAUAAGAUGAAGGCGCUCUGCAACUACGGGCGCAAGGUGGCCUGCUUCUUGCUGGAUCAGGUCGGGCGGAUGGUUGUCGCAUAUAUUGCAUGGCUGCUGCCGGGCGAGGGAAUGCUGCGGCACGAAUACAAGCUGAUAGAGCUGCAGGGCAAGCAGCUCGAGUAUAUGUGGGCUGAUGGCGAUUCAAGGAGAUGGAAUACAGACCGGCUCAGCGUACUGCUAGCACGAGUGAUGCAGGCUGGCGAGCUGGUGGAUGUUGGAGGAAGCUGGAAUAUCGUAUGGGAUUUGCAGGCUAUGCACAGCACUAAGAUUGCUCGGCAGCAUUAUGCAGUGCAUAUCGGGUUUCUGGGCAGGCUGCAGCCGGAGAUGGUGGCGACGUUCCGGGCCGUCAGCAGGCUGUGGUACCAGUUUCUAGAAGGCAGGGGAGAGAAGAAGGAAAGGGGGAGGAUAGAAGAAGUGGUGCAACUAGGGAAAAAGCGAAAAAGUGCAGCGCUGGAGGAGGCAAAGGCGCCCGCAGCAGCAGAGCGCAAGCAGGCAAAGACUACAGCUGCUGCUAGGCGGAUGGAUACGGAUGCUGAGAUUACAGCAGGGCUGCGAACGCUGCUGGGGCCUGAGGCGGCGUGGAAGUUCAGCGAGCAGGCCGAGAGCAUGCGGACGAUCAUGCAGCUCGGGCCCGACGGGACAGCCAUCUGCGUGCUUCCGACCGGGGCGGGCAAGAGCUUGCUGUUUAUGGUGCCAGCGGUGCUGGCCGACAGCGGGACGAGCAUUGUAGUUGUGCUGUUUGUAGCGCUGAUGGAGGAUCUGGUGGCGCGGGCUGUUGCUAUGAGCGUAGAUUGCAUCCGCGCCGACUUGGUGUCUACAGCCGAGUUCACGGCAUAUGCAGACGGGCUGCUGCUCGCAGGGCUGCUGCAGCGGAUCUUCGUGGACGAGUGCCAUACAGCGAUCACAGAUAUCAGCUACCGGGCGCAGCUGGGCGAGCUGAAGAGCUUGCGGCGGUUCGGAUGCCCGAUGGUGCUGCUGACGGCCACGCUGCUGCCGGUGCUGGAGAGCUGGUUCCGGGAGGAGAUGCUCGCGCAGGAUGCCGUUGCUGUGCGGGCCAGGAUCACCAAGGCCAACUGCCGGUACCGUGUUGAGCUGGUGCAGGGAGGGCGAGGCGCAGUCCAGGAGCAAACAGUCGAGAUAGCACAGCAGCUCAGGAGGGAGAUGACAGGCAACCAGAAGGGGGUGGUCUACUGCCGGUUGAGACAGCAGUGCACAGCUGUGGCCGAGGAGCUGGGCUGCAGCUUCCACCACAGCGGGAUGAGCGAGGAGGAGCGGCGGGCGGCGUGCGAAGCAUGGGCCGCCGGCCAGGGGCCGCACCGGUGGAUCACCGCUACCACCGGGCUCGGGACAGGGGUGGAUAUCGAGGGCAUCGUGGCGGUGGUGCACAUGGAGCUCCCGUACGGGCUGGUGGACUUUGUGCAGCAGACAGGGCGGGGCGGGCGGCGGGCGGGCGAGGUGGUGGAAUCAGUGAUUGUCUACAACGGGCAGCCAGGGCGGAGGAAUGAGCACGCAGGCUUUGUGGAGGAGAACAACCAGCUGCAGAUGGAGCAGUUUGUAUCGAUCACAGGGUGCUGGCGGGCGGUGCUGGCCGCGUUUAUGGAUGGGGUCGGCGGGGAAGGGUGCCAGGAUCUCGAUGGGGCCGAGCAGUGUGACCAGUGCCAGAAGGAACAGGGGGCGGCGGCGGGCGAGGACAGCAGGCGGCGCAGCAGGGCUGGAGGGGGCCAGAUCUGGAAGGCAUAUGGGCUCGAGGAGGGCAGGCGAGUGCGGCUGCUGCUGCGGUGGCUUGACGAGGUGGCAGGCGAGUGGCUGCGGCUAGGGCAGAUGGAGGCGCGGCAGCAGCAUGGGUGUACAGAGGAGGACCACAAGGCGGGCGAGGAGGAGGAGGAGGAGGAGGAGGAGGAGGGAGAGGAGGAGGAGGGGAAGGAGGAGGGCUACAGAGAGGCCUGCAAGAGGGUUCGGUUCGAGGCGCUGGCGUGCUGCUUCCAGUGUAAGCUCCCGCUGGACUGGUGCGAGGAGAGGUGCGAGGGCGGGCAGGAGGGCAGGUGCGCGGAUCUGGAUAAGGUGCUAGCGGUGGUGCUGGCGGGCUGCCGGUGGAUAUGGGUGCGCAUAUUGGCCCGGGAGAGGUUUGGGGUGGAUCUGCGGGACCGCGAGGCAUUUUAUGUGUGGCUGGGCAGGAGCUGUUGGUUUCAUGGGAUAAAGAGGACGAAUGCGCUAGCAUUAUGGGAGGAGAUGGCUAGCUGGUGGUUGUUCAGCGCAGGCUAUGUGCAACUAGGGCUCCAUCAGAGCAAGAAGGCCGGUUUGUGGCGGGGCGAGCUGCGGAGGCAGUGCAAGAUGAAAGAUAGUUAUGAAGAGUAG